AAAAGAAGCCAGUUAGUUGCAUACAACAGCGGCAUCUUCAAAGCAUAAUAUUACUUUCCCUGCCUGCACAUUUCCAAGUUUCAAAUGUAGCUGUAGCCAAUUGAUAAGCGGAUCGCAUCAAAUAUUUUUGUUAACUUGCACAAUAAUACUAGCUUCCGAACGUCGAUUACGUGAGUAACGUUAUUAUUCCUUUGGAGAACGAGAAGUCUCCCGCCAUGGAGCGACGCCUAGCUAGUUAGAUAACGUAGCUAACAAGUUAAUUGAGGGAAGUUUCGAAAGUGCUUGUUCUGCCCUUUUUGAAGAAACGUCGUUGAUCAGCGCUAGAAGGACAACUAUUUGCAAAGCGAGGAGCCCUGUACAGCACAACGAGGAUGACGAAGUGACUCGCCGGGUUGGGACUCAUUGGACCUUGACAUUUAGGAUUUGUUGGAUCGACUUUGAUAGUUGAUGGAAGACGGAAUACUUUGACAACGUCAAAAUGUGUUCAAUCCCUGGGCUCCCAACACCAGGUUCAAACGUUUCAGUUCUCAUAACAAGGGUGAACUGCAAUCCCCAAUGUGAUAUUGUGGAGCUAUGGGGCAAUUUUGAUCAAGAGAGAAAAAUUGCCUAUCAACGCCUGCGAAAAGACAUUCAGUUUCCCAGAGAAACCUUUCGUGAGUUGGAGGGAAAUCCUGGAGAUUUGUGCUUGGUUCAGAUAUAUGAAACUUGGUAUAGGGUACGCAUAGUCUCAAGAAAUGGCUCAAGUUACAAUGUGUUCCUUAUUGACGAAGGGAGAAUGCUUGGUGUCACCACUAGCAUGUUGGCUUGGGGUCAGAAAGAGUUUUUCCACCUACCCCCUGAGGUAGAAUUCUGUGUUCUUUCCAAUGUGUUGCCUCUGUCACCUGACAACAGGUGGUCUCCAGUGGCCUUAGAAUUUCUGAAAUCCCUCUGCGGAAAGACGGUUGAUGCAUGUGUCCAGGACAUCUUGGUGCCCCAUAGAACCUUCCUCCUGGAUGUUCCCUGCGUAUCUAGACAGAUGCACGAAAUGGGGUUUGCUAAGAAGCUGAGCACCGAUAAGUUCAAGCUCUACGUUUCAAAGUCAUUGCAGAGUGGGGCUUCAAACUCUACAGAAUAUCCACAGAAGUCCUCCACGAGAAAUGACCCACUAGAGACCCGUGAGCAAAUUGAGAAGCAGCAGAACUACAUGUAUCCAGAGCUGCAAACGGAAACCGUAGAGACGGUCAUUGUCACGGAGGUAACCAACCCACUGCGCGUCUUCUGUCAGUUGAAGGUGUUUUCUCAAGAGUUGAAGAAACUAACGGAGCAGAUUACACAACACUAUGAAGGCAGAGUGGAAAUGGGCAUCACCAGACCCGAAACGUUGGGUUCCCCAUGUGCCUCAAGAGCAAGUGACGGAAGGUGGUAUCGGUCUAUGUUACAACAGGUCUUUCCAGCAAAUAAUGUGGUUGAAGUGCUCCAUGUCGACUAUGGGAAGAAACAGUUUGUCCAAGCGGAGAACAUCAGACCACUGGCCACAGAGUUCUUCAGAAUGCCUGUUGUCACAUAUGUCUGCUCCCUCCACGGCAUCAUCGACAAAGGCGUUGGAUGGACGGCUGCCCAGAUUGAAUAUCUGAAAUCCCUACUUCUGAACAGGACUGUGAUCGCCAAGUUCGAGUACCAGAGUCUGUCAGAGGGAGUCCACUACAUAACACUCUAUGGGAAUGAAAACGCAAACAUCAACAAACUGUUUGGCACAAAGGAGAGAUGUUUGCUGGACUCUGAGAAGUCGCAUGAGAAGUUGCAUGGAGAUUAUGCUGUUCGCAACAGCUGUGCAAGUCCUCCACAUCCAGAUGGAAUCAAAUUUCAGGAAACUGCACCACCAAGCUCUGGUGAUCCCAAGGAAAUUAAGGCUAAAUAUCCUGCUGAAGAUCUCCCUCUGAAUUCUUCACACGUGGCAGUUGUACAACAUGUGGAGAACCCUUCAGAAUUCUGGAUUCACACACAGAUGUAUGCAGAUGCAUUUAAUCAAAUGAUGAGUGAUCUUGCUGAUUUGUACAGCAACCCAGUCAGUGCGGGAGUUGUCAAAUGUCCAAAGGUUGGCCUUUAUUGUGCUGCCAGAUCACAAGACAACUCUUUUUACAGGGCGACUGUGUCUGAAGUCACUGGGAACAAGGCCAGGGUCUUCUUUUUUGACUAUGGAAACACAGAGAUGAUUGACUGGUUCAAUCUAGGAGUCCUUCCUGACAAGUUUAAAGAGUUGCCAGCACUUGCACUGAAGUGUAGGCUGGCCGGUAUUAGACCAAAAGAGGAGAAAUGGAGCCGAAAUGCUACAGACUUCUUCACAAAAUCAAUCGCAGACAAGAUCCUGGAUGUACACGUAACUGCAAAGUCUCAUGGUGCUUACAUUGUUCAACUGAUGGACUCAUCUGCACAUGGAGAGCGAGAUGUCAGUAAGCUGCUUUGCAGUGCUGGCUUUGCAGAGAAGGGCGACACAAGUAAGACACCUCACAAGGCCUCUUCAAGGCCUAUCAUCGCCCCCACAACACAGAACCCACAUGCCAUUCCUUAUGAUGUGUUCAAGGCAAGUGUUGGCCCUCAAGGAUUGUCCACCAGCGAUUCCACUGUCAAAGAGUCCAGAACUGCCUUCAAGGAAUACCUGUUUCCAAUAGGAAGUUCAGUUGAAGUCACGGUGUCUUACAUUGAGAGUCCAAAUGACUUUUGGUGCCACCUAGCACAAAAUUCUAAUCAUCUAAAAUGGCUCAUGCAAGACAUACAGCAGCACUAUGCUGACACCGAGUUUGAGCAACCUGUAGAACCUGCCUGUGUUGCCCGCCAUCCAGACAACGGAAUGUGGUACAGAGCCCUGGUCAUUCAGAAGCAUGCAACACUGCACGUUGAUGUGCUGUUCAUAGACUAUGGUCAGACAAAGACAGUCUCCCUGCAAGACUUGCGCCGCAUAGAUCCCAACUUCGUGCAACUUAAAGGUCAAGCUUUUCGUUGCAGCUUGUACAACCUUAUCCUCCCUACUUCUCACACCACUGAAUGGCCUGAAGAUGCCAUUAGACAGUUCCAGGACUUUGUGGAAACCGCAGCAUCCGACCACAGGGUCUUGAAGUGCACCAUAUAUGCUGUCAUGUACAAUGCCCAGAAAGUGGUAUUCAAUGUGGUGGAUCUGGAAACACCCUUUCAGAGUGUCUGCAACUUGAUGGUUCAGAAAGGACUGGCAAACCGUGCACCUGCCAAAAAAGUCCCUUCCUCCCCUUUCCGGUUGGACACCUACUACUACUCCACUCACAACAUCAAAACGGGGAGUGAAGAAGAGGUCAGUGUGACAAGUGUGAAAAAUGUCAAUCACUUCUACUGCCAGCUGAAAAGGAAUGCAGAUACAGUUGAAGGACUUGCAGAGACCAUCAACACGCUUUGUCGCCAGUUGGAGAUCACCAACUGUCCCCAAACUUUUGGAACUGUGUGCUUUGCGAAAUACACAGACGGAGAGUGGUACAGAGGGCAGAUCAAGUCUAGAAAUCCAACAAUCCUGGUGCACUUUGUGGAUUAUGGCGACACAUUGGAAGUAAAAAAAUCAGAUCUGCUUCCCAUUCCCAUUGAGGCCAGUGAGAUCAUGUCUGUGCCUGUACAAGCUGUCCAGUGUGGGCUUUCUGAUAUCCCUGGAGAGGUUACAAAUGAGGUGAACAGCUGGUUUGAGACCAGUAUGACUGACCGGAACUUCCAGGCUCUUGUGGUGGCCAAAGAACCUGGGGGCAAGUUGCUGGUGGAGCUCUAUGACAGGAAAAUGCAAGUGAAUGCAAAGAUAAAGGAGAAGUUCAACCUUGACAUGCACAGAGAAGAGCAAGUAGUACACCGGAGCAGGAGACCACAUGAUGGAACCAGCAGCCACACAUCAGCUCUUGAAGCCAAACCUCAGUCUAGAACUAAAGAGGUGCUACAAAAAACAGACGAGGACACCCGAAAGUUUGAGAAACUCCCUCGAGCACCCUACAGGACAUAUCAAAAACGGGUACCUUUGAGGGGACCUAAUGAGCGAGUUUGUUCAGAGGCCAGGAAACAACCAGAAAAACCAAUUCCUCAGGCGGAAACGAAAGGCCCACAAGCGCCAAAGCCAUCCCUCAUUGAACCACAAAAGGAGAUUGUGGUUCCCAAAGCAAAGGUGAAAGAUCUUCCAAAACUCUCAGACCUGCCCUCAAAAUCCAUAAAUCCAGGCAUGGUAGCCGAUGUCUUUGUCUCACAUUGCAAUAGUCCACAGAGUUUCUUUGUACAGUUGAUCAAGGAGGAAGAUGACAUUUAUUCCAUUGUGGAAAAACUCAAUGAUGAACAGUCAACUGCUACAACCAUUCACACUAAGGACUUGAGUCAAGGAGACUUGGUCAAUGCAGAGUUUCCAGAUGAUUCGUCAUGGUACCGUGCAGUUGUAAGUGAAAUAAUGGGAAACGAAACAGCUCUUGUUGAGUUCAUAGACUUUGGAAAUACAGCAACGGUUUCAGUCUCCAAGAUAUGUCAACUCGACAAACACUUCCUUGAAAUUCCCAGGUUCAGUAUUCACUGCUUCCUAAGUGGAGUGACAGCUGUCGGAAACCAAGCAGAACUGAAUCCGGAAGUUGUGUCUAACUUCAAAGAGAAAGUUGGUUUAAACGGUAACAAACGGUUAGGGUGCAUGUUCAUGAAACAGUCUGGAUCUUUUUGGGAGGUUGGCCUAGUUCACGGCAGCAAAGCAAUCACAUGCAAUAUAUCUCCCAGCAGCCCAACAGCCUUGUCUGAUGUGAUACCUGAGACAUCAGAAGGCUCCAACCAAGAGGCAGAAGAGCCCCAACAAAGCCCUUCUGCUAGAAGUGUGCCACCAGAGAUGAGCACUUUGGUUGACGUUAAGACUGCUCGUUAUAGUAAGCCUGACAUUUCAGAGGGACAGACCGUAGAAGUCUAUGCCUCUACUAUAAAUGGACCUCGGUCCUUUUGGUGUCAAUCUGCUGAAUCGGACAAACUUGAUAAGAUCACUAAAGUUGUUGCAGACGCUGGGAAUGCUGUGGCAUCUACGUUAAUUGACACUGAAACCCUGUGCACUGGAAGCCCUUGCAUUGCUCUCUUUGUGGACGAUGGACAGUGGUACCGUGCAGAGGUCCUAAGGAAAGAUGGAGAUGCCUUAUCCAUUCUCUUUGUGGACUAUGGAAAUGAGUCUACAGUCAAUCUGAAAGAUGUGAGGCCAAUGCCAACUGUGCUCAUUGACACUCCCCCACAGGCGUUCCAGUGUCAGCUUGAAGGGUUUGAUUAUUCACAAGGAUCCUGGCAUGACACUGCUGCUGACCAGUUAUCAGAACUCAUAAAAGACAAGCUUCUACACCUGACAGUUCUGAGAGUAUCCAGUCAAAAGCGGGGUGGGAUCACAUGUUUCCUCAAGGUGAGAUGCGAGGAAGAAAUGAUAAAUGACACUAUGAAGCUGUACUGGAAGAGCUCUGUUGACAAAGAAACGUCUGAAGACGAAGACAAGUCCGAUCCUACAGGAGUUGCAAUGUCAGGUGACAUGCCUUCAUUGGUAGGUGAAUUUAAGUUGGUUGAGGAAGAGGCAGCAGUGCCCAACUCAAGUCCCGAAGAGCCAAAUGAAAACGUCAGAGAGCACGACACAGACUAUGCUUUGGCCCAUAGUGAAACUCAUGAGUUAGUGGAUGAGGACAAAUGCACAGACAUUUCUGAUGAGCAACAGGACAACUCAGUACUCACCCAAGCAACAGAUGAAGGUCAUGCAGAGGAUGUGGAUCUGAUAAGUUUCCAAGUAGAUGCAGACUGUUUUGAUCACCUUGGCAACACAGAGUUAAUUGACGAUGACAAAGAGGAAGAAAAACAGUCUUACACAAAUGAGACCCAAGAAUCCAUGACUGCCAUACAGGGUCUGAGUGCAACGACACCCAACGAAGGGAAAGAGACUGAGUCCAUUCCCAUCAUCAUCAUCUGUGAGGAACCCAGUGACGCAGGACUCGAAUGUGCCUCAGAGAGUGGAAAUUCAUGUGAGGCUCAAGUGGCAACUUCCCAAGGGAACAAAGACAUCUUGGUUUCAAGGACUAAAAAGGACACAUUGGAAGUAGACAAAGACGAAAGUGGGAGUGUAUCGGUACUGGAAAAAGCCUUCAGUCUGGAUGACUCAGAGUCACGUCUGUACUUCGACGAACACUUUGACCAGACUUCUCUUUCAAACAUCGACCAAGGUCAAGACGACAUCUAUGAGGAAGUUUUCAAGCUGUGUGCUGAGCCUGUCAUCGAGAGUGCAAAGUCAGAACAUGCUGUCACAGAGGAGUCAGAAACAAAAGAUGAGGAACUGGAUAAAUUGGCUUUGGAGUUGGAGACCAAAAAAGAGGAAUCUGGAAUCCGAGAUGAGGAUGUCAACAUCUCUGCUGUUGUACCUGAAUCUGAGUUUGGUAAACUUCAGAGAGUUGAGCCGACUGCUCCAGUUGGGUCAUCAUCAUGUGUCGUUUGGUCCUCUGCUAAGAAGAGUUGGUGUAAAGCAAAGAUUUUGAAGAUCUUUGAGGACUCCAUAAAGGUUCUGCUGCUGGAUCACGACACUGAAAUGAUAGUAGACCCACACAAUAUAUUUGAGCCGUUGUCUUCAGAAACAGAAGAGAGUGAUGACUUCGAUACAGCGUCGUCGAAUGCUGGGUCAGAACGUGAUCAUGAAGACACAGAUGACAGUGACAACACCGUUGCAGGAGAUGACCUGAGCAAGGCUGCCUCAGAGGUCCAGGAUGACUCUACUCUAGAUGAUGUGUGUGCACCAUUAGAUGAAUCUAGUGACGUGCUUUCAGAACAGCUAGUUGAUAUUGAACCAGCAACUGAUGUAGACGUUGUAUCCAGUGUUCCCACACAGGAUAAUAAGGAUGAUGACGUGCUUGAGGAAGACUCAUGUCUUGGAGAAGUGACUUCAUGUCUCAUUGGAGACUGUUUAGUUGCAUCCACAGAUGAUGGUGCUGAGAUUAAGAAAGCAACCUAUGCAGAUGGUAUAUCAAGUGCUACCCCGCAGGAAAGGGACGACCUUCUAGGGGAAUCAAAGUCUAGUCCUGAUGAAGACUGUUUAGUGUCCACAGAACAGAGAACUGAUGCUCAAGAGGCAACUGUUGUGGAGGUUACAUCCAGUGCUCCCACACAGGUCAAGGAUGAUCUUCUUGGUCAUGAAGAAGUCUGUUCAGAUUGUGCAGAACAGUUUGCUGAGAUUGAAGAGGCGACCGAUGUGGAGGUAGUAUCCAGUGCUGCUACACAGGACAAGAAUGAUGUGCUGCAUGAGCAAGAUAUGUCUUUUCCUGGUGAAGACUCUGCAGAAGUUGUGAUGUCACAGGUGACUCAUCUCAGCCUGAGAGUGGAGGAGAACUCCGAUGAUGACGUCAUCUUUGUGUCAGAGAUUCGGACCACCCAGGAACAAAGCCAGUCCAGUGACUAGUGUGUUGUUGUGCAGGCACACACUCAGUUCUAUUCCAUGUUGUAAUCUGGGAUGUUAAAUCAAUCUGUUCAGUGGCAUUUUGUUUGCAUUCUGUGUCCAGUUUAUUUGGUAAUUUGCUUUGCUUUUUCCUUUAUUUAGCUGUAAGCACCCAUCUUCACCUCAAGUUAGCCAUUUGUCUCUAGAUCAGAAAUACCUCAGAAGGUAUACUACAAGCAGGUUCAACGAGUUAGCCAGCUAACUUUGAUAAGCAACCAGAAAUGGCUAUUAAUUUUCUGGAAUAUAAAAAAUGUGAAAUUUAGAUAUGAGUUGGCUGAAUCAAUUAGAUUAUGCCAAUGAUUUAGCUACAUAUAUUUAUUUUUUAACUCCUUAAUCCUGCUUUGUAGUAUACUACUCUGUCCAUACCAAGUUUAGAAAGAUUGACAAUCUUUGAAAUACCAUGACACUGUCUUUGGAUUAUUGUUGCAUCAGUAUUCUAAACUGAACUCCUGUCAGCCUAGUGUAUUUAUGGAACACUGCACAAUUGAUCUGUUUAGUUUGAGUAAUUUUGCCCAAGUUCUAUUCAAUUAUUGUUGAUGUUUAAACAUUGAAUAUGGACAGAAAGUGUGUCCAAUGUGAUGAAAGGCUUUCACAAGAUGGUUGUUCCUGUAAAGAAAUGGGCAGUGUUCUGAGAUUUUUUUUGUUUACACAAUACAUAAUC